UUAACUCUCUACCUAUUUGCUCGAAUUGGUCAACGAGCUAAACCGGUUGUCAACCUUCGUUUGGACUUUACGGAACCCGGAAAACUUUACUCUUUAGCUCGGACUCAUCUAAGCCUAUUCUCCCCUGUUCCUCAACGUUAAGCGAAGUAGGAGCAGGACUGCAGAGAGAAUUUGGAUUUCCUGUUGUUUGGUUUGGCCGCUGUGUGAUUCAGGUUUAGUUUACUGAUUCCGGGAUCUCCAGGUCAGUUGUUGCUCUCCCAUUCCUCAUUUCCAAAAUAGUUUUAAACUUGGCUUCUCUCGUUUUAGGGUUUUAGGUUUUUCGUCGCUCCUCUUGAAUUGUCUGCUGAUUGUGAACUUGGUUACCAGAGUGCGACUGGAGAUGGAGGGAGAGCAGCUAACAGAGCAGGAAACUGCUCUGUACGACCGCCAAAUUAGAGUCUGGGGCGCAGAUGCUCAGCGAAGACUUAGCAAGUCUCACAUAUUUGUCUAUGGGAUGAAAGGAACUGUUGCUGAGUUUUGCAAGAACAUUGUUUUGGCUGGAGUUGGUAGUGUGACUCUGAUGGAUGAUCGGGUUGUAACCAAUGAAGCAUUAGCCUCCAACUUUUUGAUACCACCAGACGAGAAAGUUUACAGUGGGAAAACUCUCGCAGAGCUUUGCUGUGAUUCUUUGAAGGAGUUUAACCCAAUGGUCCAUGUUUCAGUUGAAAAAGCUGAGUUGGUAACGUUGGGUCAGCAGUUCUUUGAAAAGUUUGAUGUUGUUGUCAUAAGUAGCUGCCCUCCUGCAACUAAAAUAUUGAUCAAUGAAAAGUGUAGGAAGUUAUCCAAGCGUGUAGCAUUUUAUACCGUUGAAUGUAGGGAUUCCUGUGGUGAGAUUUUUGUCGAUUUGCAGAACUACAAGUAUAUGACGAAAGGAAAAACAGAUGGACCUGCUUCUGAGUGUGAACUGCGGUAUUCAAGCUUUCAGGAAGCGACUUCAGCACCUUGGGGAAGACUUCAAAGAAGAACAUCAAAGCUUUACUUUGCCAUGAGAGUGAUUGAGAGUUUCGAAGAGGCAAACGGUCGAAAUCCAGGAGCUUUCUCUGUCGAGGAUGUUCCUGCUGUAUUACAGUUAAAAAGGCAACUCUGUGAGGCGCAGUCAGUAAGUGAAUCCUUUGUACCUGAUACCCUGCUCGAGAGAUUGGUGAUUGGUUCCAUAGAAUUCCCGCCGGUUUGUGCAAUCAUAGGAGGCAUCCUUGGACAGGAGGUGAUCAAAGCAAUAUCUGGGAAAGGGGACCCUGUCAAGAAUUUCUUCUACUUUGAUGUUGUGGAUGGUAAAGGUGUGAUAGAGGACAUAUCAAGUCGGGCCCCGGAAGCCGAUUCCGCCUCCUCUAAGUCCGCCAAUAUUAUCACCCAAGUAGUUUUGGAAUAGAAGAAGAGCUUACAAUGUAGGAAAUCUGAGAAGAUGCCUGACCUUUGACGAUUUCUUUUGUAGUUUUUUCUAGACUCUAUCUAGAUAAGUUUAACCUGAUAACUAGAGAAACCAAUUGUCUUGGUGAAUGCCAGGGAAAUCGUAGCUUGUUGUUGAUACUCCUGAGUUACAAUUCAUUUAAACUCCCGUCACUUUGAUAUCUGCUCCUUGGAAAUGUUUCUCUUCUUGGUGACUUAUAUAAUUUAGGUGGGGUAAAUUACAAGGUUGGUCAGAUUACUAGAAAGUGUUAUGUUGGUCACUCUCCGUCCAACUGUGUUAACAUUUAUUGAUAUGGUAGUCAACUCUCAUGAUCGUUAAAUUUGACGUGACAAUUAAAAAAUAUUACAAAAAUAAAUAUAAAUUAUUUAAAAUUUU